GUAAGAACAACGAUCAUCAUUAAAAGAAUAUUGUCACAGAUGUCCAGAAAGGUUGAACCUACUAUACAAAUAGCGAGAGAUGCUCUCAACAAUCGACUUCAGAAAGUCAUAGAUAAGCCGGAUCCACAGCCAGAGACAUCUAUCUUCGCUAAUGGCUGUUUUUGGGGUACAGAGGAAUUAUUCAGAAAGUAUUUCAAGAGUGCUAUUAUUAACGCCGAAGUCGGUUUUAUUGGUGGCGAUGAUAACGGUGUUGGUAAAGAUCCAUCCUACAAAUUAGUAUGCACAGGACAAACCGGUCACGCAGAGGCUUUGUCUUUGACUUGGGACAACCGUCAGGCAAGCUACGAGGAGUUGUUAGAUUUCUUCUUCCGUACCCACGAUCCAACGCAGGUUGAUCGUCAAGGCGCUGAUAUCGGCACACAAUAUCGUACUGCACUUUAUCCAACUACGGACGAUCAAUUCAGCAUAGCAAACAGAAUCAGGGAUCAAGUACAGGAGACACACUUCACACCUAAAAGCUCGACAAUAGCUACUGUUAUACACCCUGUUAACAAGUACAAAUGGUGGAAGGCAGAAGACUAUCACCAACAGUACCUCCUCAACAAUCCAGAUGGCUAUCAAUGCUAUACUCAUAGGUUGCACUAUUAAAUUAUUUCUUCACGUUGUACAUCCAUGUCGAUAAACGCACAAAUCCAUUCAAAGAUAAUCGCACAUGCAGG